AUGUCACGGAAAACACCUCGUUCGAAGCUUUUAGCUGGUAAAGGAAUCCAAGAAAGAUUUGUGCCCUCGAGGCCUCAGAAGCUUCCUACAAUGAAACGCGGGGGCAGCCUUCGUGUGGGUCGUCUUGUAUUUGACGCUCGGAGUUCCUCAACGUGGGAUAAUCAGUCGUCAAGUGUAUUUGUACAGGAAGAAGAGCGUCGAGUUCAAGAGGAGCUAGCUGAAAUGCUCGUGGUCAAGCUCGCAAACAAGGAAAAGGAAGUGGAAAUCUUGCGGUGCAAGCAGAACGUGGUGGAUCAGCAGUUCGCAGGAUACGAUCGGCAACUACAGCAACAGCAGGAAGCGCAUGCACGGGUCGUUGGUGAAAUGACGGUGAUGAACCAGGAGCUGCAGCGACAAGUGCAACUUCUGCAGAUCGAGUGUGAACGGCUUCAAGUUGAUAGUGAAGCGCAACACGCUGCUGCACUUGAGCAGAGGAGGCUGCGUGAGAAAGAGCAAACACAAACCAGGCUCAAUAACGAGACAAGCCAACGAGUUGUGCAAGAGCUACGAGUAGAACGACAACAGAUUGCCAACGAUCGAUUCGCUCUAGAAAGCACAAUACAGAGAAUGCUACAGGAUCAGCAGGCUCAAAGCAGCUCGCUAGCUCAGCUCGAAGCGAGGUGUGCUCAGCUCGAAGACGAGCUUCAAAGUGCAGAAGAAAGUUGCCAGCAGCUCCAAGAGGCUUUGGGACACGAAGGGCAGCAGCGUAAGGAUGUUGAAGCAACUUCGAGGAAGCUCGAGGAGGAGAAACUUGCUCUGGAAGAGAAGCAGCGGGCACUGAUGAAGACCCUCAAAAGUGCUAGUUCAAAGGUCACAGACCUGGAGAGAAAAAAAAGUGAGCUAACUCAGGCUGAGAAUCAGCUUACAGAGCAGCUCGCAGCACUGAAAAGGGAGAACGGCGAGCUGAAGGCUCGCAGAGGUCAAAUGAGCUCGCAGACCAAACAUCUUCAAGCUCGAAUAGCUGCUCUCGAAAGCGCCAACACCGUUCAGGAGAAGAAACUGGAGGACGCCACCACCGAGCUGGACAGCGCGCGCAAGUAUUGUCGCGACUCCCAGUUCCGUACCAAACAGCUUCAAGAAGAGAUCACCGACACAGCAGAUGACAUGCCGUGCUGGAUGAAAGGUUAA